UACGGCGUGGCUGAGUAUAAAGGGGCGACGACGCGCUGUGCAGCUGAGAGCGGACGCAGUCCGUCAGGUCGAGCUAAAUCCGACAUGGCGGCGGCGGGGGCGGCGGCGAGGGCGGCGCACGGGGGCGGCGCGUUGCGGCGACUUCUGCUGGCGGCGGCUCUGCUGUCGGCGGUGCUCCGCGUUCCAGAGGCGGCGGCGGCGCCGCAGGAGCCGCCUCCAGGCGAGGCUCCAGCAGACGACGCGCCGGCGGACGAGAGGGCGGCGGCGCCUCCAGAGCCGCAGAACGCCACUCCAGCGGAUUCGGCGGAUGCGACGACGGAGGCGGUGACGGCGACGGCGGAGGUGACGUCGGAGGCGGCGACGGCGGAGGUGACGUCGGAGGCGGCGACGGCGGGGAACAGCACGGUGGGCAACGACACGUCGCCCGUGCCGCCGGAUUGCGAGAGCGACUGCGACGACUGGAAGUUCGAGAUCCUGGCCAAGUGCGACGGCGAACUGAUCGGCUUCGACAGCCUCUGCCACUACCACAACCACAAGUGCGUCAAUUACGAGUCCGAAUGCCGCUUUUUUUGCUGUCUCUACCCUGGCACCAACGUCACUACAGCUACAAAUUUUGACUGUGACGACAUGUGCGGAUAUACUUAGCCACAGGUCCAACGCACGAACCUCUUCGCACUGGAUUUGCACUCAAACUAAUACUGCUUCUGAGACUGCUGCCACGCGAUAUUUCACUGUGUGUAUAGUGAUGUCAGUAAUGAAAAGUAGUUCCCUGCAUUUGUUUCCAGAUUGCAGUACAGUAAUUCAGAAUAUUCAAUCUAUUGUUAUCUUAAAAAAUAUAUGUAUCUGGGAAGACAAAUGUAACAUUCUGCGGGUUGAGUGAAUUACUUUUUUAAGUUGCACGUUUUUGACUGCUCAAAAUCGCAGUAAAUAAUAGUAGCACACUAAUAAAAUGUAGUUUAGUUAAAAAGUUUUUAAACCAUGUAGGCAAAGAGGUAUUACCAGUUAAUUUUGUUUUCUUCGCUUUUCGUGCCACAAAGCAAACUUUGUAGCACGUGAGGAAGAAGGAAACAAUCCGUGGCAGAUGACGCUAUUCCCAUCUGGUGUGAAUAAUGAGAACCUGAAAGAAAGAAACAAUGUACUGUCGACAAAACUGACAUCUUUCAGUGAGUGAAUAUACUUAAACGGAACGAGCGGUUUUUUAACGUGAGCUGCAUCAGUUUGGUAACUACAGUUAAUGAAAGGGACGCAUUUAUUUACAUACGUAACAAUAGGAUUAUUGUUAAUCUCUACGUUUUGAGAGUGGCUGACGAAGAACCGUCCUGGAGUUUCCUGGAAUAAUGAUACAGACAUUCUGUGGAUGGACGUUAACAGGAUUUUUCUUUUAGUGCUUGUAUUGCAGAAUACAGUGUAAGUUAUGAGACGUUUGUAUUUUCGCUAUCCAGGUUGUAGCCAGCUGUUUGCAGAAGACGGUCAGUUCCAGCUUUCAGCGAGUAGAGUUUUUGGCAUCUUGCUGUUGGUGCGACAGGGCAAAGCGUAGAUCUCCGCACGGACCACUCCGACUUGCCGUGCCAGCGAGCUGUGCUUUUAUUCUCCGACAGCCACAUAGCUAGGCUUUUAAUACUCGAGCAAGGAAAAAUAAAAAAAAGUAAAAAUAAAAAGAAAAAUAAAAAGAUGAGGAAGAGACACUUAUCAUUAUGUAACAACUAACGUCAUUAGUAUCUUACUAUAGUGAUUCAGAAGCUUUUACAUAUUCAUGUACAUUAUACAUCACUUGAAAUGUUGUUGCACAUGUGAAGUAUUGUCAUAGUUAUAUCACAAAGGACAUGUUUACCUCACGUCCUUCACGAGGAAAACCAAAAAUAAAAGAUUUAGAAGGGCAGUCACAAGAAUAGUGAGUUUGCAUAAAAUCUCUGCAUCAUUAUUCGAGAAGAAAAGUCUACAGAUUAAAAGCAAUCCUAUUGUUAUGUAUCUGAACAAGGGAGCCUCUUUCAUUAAUUGUAGUGAAACUGAUGCAGCUAAUGUUGAAAAAAUCGCUCUUCCUAUUUAAGCAUUUUCACUCACUCACAAAUGUCACUCUUGUCGACAGUACAUUGUUUCUCUCCUUCAGGUUUCCAUUAUUCUCGUCAGAUGGCAGUAGCGCCAUCUGUCACGGAUCGUCUCUCUCUUCUUCACGUGUCAGAAACUUUGUUUCGUGGCAUGAAAAACCAUGAAAGCAAAUUACUUUAUUUUUUCCUAUUUGAAUUUAUUGCUACGGAUUUUGACUUGUUAUCGGAAACAUGCUGACAUACAGCGACUUAUAUUUUGUUUUUAUUAAUACAUUAUGUUAAUAGCAACUAUUUGUAAUAUUAAUGUAGAAAUAAAACGGAAAACUGAAAAUAAGAAUGAGCUUGAGGAGACAUUUUAUGUCCCAUGCUGCCAAUGUUAAAUUAUCGAAUUUUAUGACCCAUUAUCUUGGAAAUUUUUUAAGACACCAACUUACAAUUGUCCAUAAUUAUUGAAUGCACCUUUCUGGAUACACUGAACUAGAAUUAUUACUAAAAUUGAAUUGUGGGCCAUGUUAUAUUUUUCUUCAAACACUCAAUUUUUUGGCAGAGUUUUGUAAAUAAAUGAACACUAAAACAAAA